AUGACUUCUCUGUUGUACGCCUGUGAAACUUCGACGACCUACAGCCGCCACAUUAGAAAGCUGAACCACUUCCACCUUUCCUGCAUGCGCAAGAUCUUACGCAUCAGAUGGCAAGACAAGGUCCCUGACACUGAAGUCCUGAAGCUUGCGGAGUUGCCCAGUGUAGGUGCUUUGAUCGUGAGAGCUCAGCUUCGCUGGUCAGAACCAAAUACGACGGUAGGCGUUACAGAUCUCCUGACAGGCAAACUCGUCGACAGUGAUUCUGAACCAAUCUGUGUCCGUCGGUCUGGUUCAGCUGUACGCAGCUUCGAGUGUGUAGUUCGGGACGCCGUACCCAACGUCUGGGACAUCGUGUGGUUCGUCGGGGGAGAGCGAGUUGAACCAGGUUUCGUUGAGACCGGAGCAGGAAGACUGGUGAAAGUGAGCAGCACCUUCAAUUUGUCCCCGUCGGAAGACGAACUUCCGAAGAACGUCACUUGUCAGGCUACGGGUCUCGAGAGACUAAUCAACACCACAUUUGAGUUGAAGUCUUGUAAUGACCGAGUAGUGAAUACUUCAAUGCGCCUUGUGGAUCUCUCGUCCGGGGAACUGGUUGGCAUCAAGUCUGAGCCCAUCUGCUUCAAGGUGGGCACGAAGCGAACCUUCGCAUGUGCAGUCCUAAACACCCGGCAAGGCAUUUUGGUGACUUGGAUCAUCGAUGGAAUCAGGAAUGAAAGCGGACGAGUGGAUUCAACUCAGACAUUGGGUGGAUUAUUCAACAUGAACACAAGUUUUACCGUCUUCAACUCCUUGGAUGGAAGCCUCAUCAACAGCCUUACCUGCCAGGCUUCGGGUUUUGAGACAGAGCCUCUUCGCGUCACCGUGCAGCUCCAGACUUGCCCUGAAAUUGUAUCGUAUAUGGAGCUCCUGGAUCUCUCGACUGGAGAGUUUGUCAGCGAUACUUCGGAGGCCAUCUGCGUCACAUCGGAGACGGGAAGAGCAUUCGAAUGCGCCGUGCGACAAGCCACACCCGACGCGUGGAGAAUCGUUUGGGUCAUUGGCGGCGUAAGGGAGGAAACCGGGUCCGUGGUUCAGACCCCGAGCACGGACGAACUAGUGGACGUGUUUAGCAGGUUCACUGUUUCAAACCCGUCCAGUAAAGACGUCGUCAAAAGUCUCACAUGCCGAGCAACGAGUCCAGAGAAAGAAGAGCUUGCAAUCACGGUUCAACUCCGAUCGUGCGACGGCAAGAAGCCAGCAAGUACAGUCGACAUGACAGUGAUCCUUGUCAUAAUCAGUGUAGCCAUGGGAAUGCUCACUCUUAUAGUCGCUGCUAUUGUCAUUUCAUCAGCAAGAGCCAAAAGGAAACAGCAAGCACCAGGAAGUGCACAAAGUGUGUCGAAUCUUCAAGAAAGUGUCGACAUGGAGUCGGUGGCCCCUGAGUUAGAGUCUGAUACCACAGCAGUUAAGGAAGAAGUCGCUUUCCAGAACACCAUAACAAAACAGAAUGUGAUGCAUGAAGAGAUCCCAUCAGACACUGGCCUGCCGUCUUGGGCCGAGGGAUGGGGGAUUCCUUGGGGCGACCUCAUCGUCGAGGAGCGAGUCCUCGGCAUUGGGAACUUUGGUGAGGUGCGAUCAGGAGCUGUGAGGAAGGAUGGAGACGUGAACUGGGCUGCCAUCAAGAUGCUCACAGGACAUGUAUCUGCAUGCGACAGAGAUGAUUUCAUGGAUGAGCUACGGACGAAGGCUUGCAUCGGCUACCAUCCUAACAUCGUACAACUACUUGGUACUUGCCAACGUAAAGGAGUGUUGUACGUCGCCUUGGAAUAUCUUCCUUAUGGUGAUCUGCGCAGCUACUUGCGGACGGCUCGCUCACAGUCAGACUCAGACGAGGUGGCCUUGUCUUUCAAUCAGCUGGUCAAGUUUGCUCUGGAUGUUGCCAAGGGAAUGGAGCACCUUGCUAAUGCGGGGGUUAUUCAUCGCAAUUUGGCUGCAAGAAGCAUCCUGAUCGGGAACGGAUUGGUUGCCAAGGUUUCUGACUUCAGUCUGUCCCGUGGGGAGAACGUGGAGACAUUAAGGCGACGAGUACCACUUCGCUGGUUAUCCGUCGAAUCAGUGAGGCACCAGUUGUAUACCACACAGAGCGAUGUGUGGUCCUUCGGAAUUCUCUUGUGGGAAAUAGCCACUUUCGGUAAGCACCAGUAA